AUGGAAUCAAUACAAGUGAUUCUGUCUCCACAUCCACAGUUGUUGUUAAGAAUUAUUAGCCAUUUGAGCAAUAAUGCCGAACGUGAGAAUGGCCAUUACUUGCCAUUCGUUGAGCAGAUGAAAGCCUAUCGAUCAAGGUUUGAAAGCUUCAAUCGUGAUGUGCUCAAGUACAAAAAGACCGCCGCACUGUUGACGGAGAUGGACAAGGAGUUGCAACGCAUGGACAAGGACGACGUUGUCCAGCAGCAGCUCGACGCCAUCGUGCAGCUCAACAAGACCCUCCAGCAGUCACUGCAGCAGCUGGAGCCAAUGAUGAAGACCCAGAGUGAGCAGAUCAAGAAUUUGACCGACUACCUUGUGCCACCCACCGAAGAGGUGUUCCGUGCUCGUGUCCUGGAGAUGUUGGCCAAAGCAUCUGUGGAGAAGGUACCAAAACCCUCAAUGAAGACAUGUGCCAUUUGUCUUGAAGCUCCUGCCAACAUCAUGAUCAAGAGGGCUUGUGGUCGUUCAACGUCCACAACAACUCCUUCAGCCUCCAGCGGCAGGAAAUCAGUAGCAUGCGAGAGUGCAACCUGUGCUUGUGGACCGACCAUGUGCCAGGAGUGCAUGAUACGUCACUAUUGGGUGUCAUCCACCAACACUACCAAGUCAUAUUCAAGAUGCGCCUGUUGCAGAGCAGAGUUCUGUUUGAAGGAUAUACACCUUAUACAAUUUGAGGAGGUUGCAGAGGAUAACACAAAGGUCAAAGUGACAACCAAAGAUAACAACAAGAGAAAGGAUAGAGAGGAGGAGGAGGAUGACAAUCAAUCACCAUUGAAGAAGACUAGGAGUGAACAUUCCACAACAAGGAGCACGUCUACUUCAUCAUCCACUUCCACAUCGACAUCAACAACAACGACGACGACACAUCACAGUAGUAGACAGAGGAAUGAACAUCACAAAGUUGGAGACAAUCAGUCAAAUCAACAACACCAACCAAAUCAUCAAGAGCCAAAUGAACAUGACGAAGGCAACUGGUCACCUUUCAGACGACUGAUCAAUUUCCUAAGGUAG